GCUGUGAGCCUGCGACUUCGUCUCUAAAGCAGGGACGAUACAGCACAGUUUGUGCGCCUCUGCACCACAGACUCCUAGAUGCUUAAGGUAGGUUAGUGCCUGUAAUCCUCACAAUAAUCCCGGGAGCAAGGUUACAAAUGAGGAACCAAAACCCAGAGAGGUGCAGUAACUUGCCCAAGGGCACACAGCCGGCGCCGGACUCAACCCCAGGCGCCUCAAUUCUAGAACGCCCCCUUCACCGCUUCCUGCUCUCGGCAGCCGCUCCCCGAGGGGCCUGGUGCCGGCACGCGCCUCACCUCGGCCCCCAGCGUGGUCCUCGCCCGGGUGAGGCCCCAGCCCCCCGGCCCCUCGAGCGUCCAGGCCCAUCCUCUCUGCUCCAGGUUUUCCAGAAGAGAUUCAACGGCUCAGUGAGCUUCUUCCGGGGCUGGAACGACUACAAGCUGGGCUUUGGCCGCGCCGAUGGGGAGUACUGGCUGGGGCUGCAGAACCUGCACCUCCUGACACUGAAGCAGAAGUAUGAGCUGCGGGUGGACCUGGAGGACUUCGAGAACAACACGGCCUUCGCCAAGUACGCCGAAUUCUCCAUCUCGCCCAACGCAGUCAGCGCCGAGGAGGACGGCUACAGCCUCCACGUGGCGGGCUUCGAGGACGGCGGGGCAGGCGACUCCCUGUCCUACCACAGCGGCCAGAAGUUCUCCACCUUCGACCGGGACCAGGACCUCUUCGUGCAGAACUGCGCGGCCCUCUCGUCGGGCGCCUUCUGGUUCCGCAGCUGCCACUUCGCCAACCUCAACGGCUUCUACCUCGGCGGCUCCCACCUCUCCUACGCCAACGGCAUCAACUGGGCCCAGUGGAAGGGCUUCUACUACUCCCUCAAGCGCACCGAGAUGAAGAUCCGCCGGGCCUGAGGCGCCGGCCCCGCCUCGCGGCCCCGCCCCCCGCCCUGCCGCCCCGCCCCAGCCCCGCCCCAGCCCCGCCCCGCUGCCCUCAGCGCCCGCGUCUCCCGGGGGCCCUGUGGCUCCAGCCCAACCGCUCCCCUCACACCCACGACGCCCAGCUCUCGCCCGGGCCUCCGCUCCCCUCCACCCGGCUACACGUCGGCGGCCUCCCAGACCUCCGGAAGGCACCGCCACCCGGCCUGGACUCGGACACCGUCCGGAAGGCUGCGGGCCGGUGUCCCACCUUAACCGGCUUCCCGACUGCGGCCUCCACCAGGGCUCCGCGCCGGGAGACCGGAGGCGCAGUCCGACCCACUCCCGGCACACGCCAGGCCACCUGCGUGUGGCCGCCACCGCCACGCCCUAGCAGUACCGCCAGCCAGCAGAGAACCUCCCAUCCUUCACCUCCCUCCCAGCGGCGAGCACCACGGGCCCCCAGCCCCGUCUCACUCUCACGCUCAGCUUCCCCCGCCUGCCCGUCCCAGGCACCCAAAGCUCGACACCCAAACCGUAUCUCACCCCAGCUACCGCAAGCCACACUAGAACAGCCACAGCCAAGGUAGGCACAGAUUGUGAGGUCCCCCCACCCGCCCCGGGGGGAGUCUGGCCAUGCGAGGUGGCAGAGGGCAACCUGUGUGGGGCUGGGAGCAAGUGGGGAGUGGAGGUCUUAAUAAACCUCAGGACCUGAAUGA